GAUGAUGAAGAAGAAGCAGCCUCUUGGUGGUCACAUGACUUCUCAGGGAGGACGGGCCCUCAGCGCCGAGGCCUGAGCAGAGGGGCCAUGGGCGACGGGCCCCCGCAGAGCGAGGGCCACGCCCUCCUCAAGGCCGUCUUCCAGGGGAAGCUGCGGCUGACGCGCCUGCUGCUGGAGGGCGGGGCUUACAUCAACGAGGGCAACGAGCGCGGGGAGACGCCGCUCGCCGCCGCCUGCCUGGCGAGCUACGCCGACCCGCUGACCCGGCAGCGCCUGGUGCGCUACCUGCUGGAGAAGGGCGCCGACCCCAACAUCCCCGACAAGAGCGGCCGCACGGCGCUGAUGCACGCCUGCGCCGGGCGGGCGGGGCAGGAGGUGGUGGCGCUGCUGCUGGGCAACGGCGCCGACCCGAGCCUCAAGGACUACUCCGGCUCCUCGGCGCUCGUCCACGCCAUCGACCGCGGCGACCGCGACGCGCUGGCGGCGCUGCUGGACGCCUGCAAGGCCAAAGGUCAGGAGGUCAUCAUCAUCACCACGGACACGGCGGCCUGCGGCGCCAAGAACACCAAGCAGUACCUGAACGCCCCGCCGUCGCCCCGCCCCCCCCCGGCCCCCGGCUGCACGUCUCCCUCCGAGGUGGAGGUCACCGCCCCCCCCUCCCCCUCGGAGGAGGGGGGCGUGUUCAGCUUGGCCCUCGCCGCGGCUCGACCUCCGGGGGAAAAGAGGCCGCCGCCUCGCCAGCUGCUGAAGAGGCUGAACUCGGAGCCCUGGGGCCUCGUGGCGCCCUCGGUGCUGGCGGGGGCCCAGAUGAGCGGGCUGUCCAUCGCGGAGCGGGCGAGGCCGCGGCUGUCACGCCGGCACAGCAUCGAGACCCACGACCCCCGGGCCCCCGGCCCCCGGGACCACGGGGCCCCCUCCGGCUCCUCCUGGGCCGACAAAGUCCAGCAGCAUCAGAUCCUGUACCGGAGGAACACGGCGCCGGAGUCCCAGGAGAGCGCGGCGCCGCGGGCCCCGGCUCACCCCAAGCCGACCCGGACGGAGCCCUCCGGGUCCGAGGCCCCCCGGGACCCCGGGUGCAUCCCGGGGUCCCCGGACUCCGGCCGCGUGUCGGCGGAGCGGCGGCGGUUCGACGCCUCGCCGCUCGCCGGCUCCUCCCGCGAGUCUCUGGAGAACCUCCCCGGCUCGCUGUCGCCCGGCGGCGUGCGGCGGCGGGCCCCGGGGCUCCUGGAGCGCCGCGGCUCUGGGACCCUCCUCCUGGACCACAUCUCCCACACACGGCCCGGCUUCCUGCCGCCGCUCAACAUCAACCCCCAGAGGCCCAUCCCCGACAUCCGGGCCAACGGCAAGCCCCCCUCCCCCGCCCACAGGGCGAGGCGGGGCCCCGUGGCCCCCGCCUCGCCCAAACGGGGCCCGGACUUCAAGACCAAGAAGAAGCUGAUGAGGAGGCACUCCAUGCAGACGGAGCAGAUGAAGCAGCUCUCCACCUUCCAGGUGGCGGAGGCCCCCAGGGACUGAGGCCGCAUGAUGGGAAGCUCCUCCCUCAGACCAUCGCCUCACCGACAUGGGUCAAGGGCCCCUCGAGGCCCCUCGAGGCUCAGGACCUGAACCAGGAGUCAAGGUCCUGAGCCUCUGAGGCCCUCCAGUCACAAACCAUCAUGAGACUUCAUCUGCUCCUGGAUCUCCUAGUGGAGCUCCAGCCGGUUUAGCUCUUGUGGCCCCCAGCGGUCUGGAGCUCUUGUGGCCCCCAGCGGUCUGGAGCUCUUGUGGCCCCCAGCAGUCUGGAGCUCUUGUGGCCCCCAGCGGUCCUGAUGCUUCCUCAUCCUCAGUGACGAUAAAGGAUUAUAAUCCGACGGGUUCCAUGUUGACGGUCCGGUCCUCCAGAACCUCCUGCUUAGCUGAGACCUGAACCAGCACCGCCCCCUGGGUCCUGACAGGUGGCCCACCUGUCCUCAUGAAGCUCCUCCUCUUUCUUCCUCCGAUCUGAUUGGUGUUGAUAUUUUAACUUAACGUGUUAGUCGUGUUUUUCUUCUUCAUGAAAUUCCAAAGAAGUCUGAGACUGUAAAUAAAGACGAGAAGAGGGCGUCGGCCUGAAGCCCUUCACCUGGGCGGCCUGAAGAGGGCGCCAACGGACUGAAGCACGGCGCCACCUUGUGUUCAGAGGAGUGCGUGUCCAUUUCGAUUGCCUCUAUAGGCUCUCAACAUGGCGGCGGCUAGCCGCUAACAGCUAACUAAUCAUGAAUCUGUUUCCUCCAAAAUGUUUUUAUUUA